CGUCACAUCCGCAUGUGAGAAAGAAAACUAAUUUUCAAAAACUUUAACUAAAUCAUGCGAUUUUUCAUUGAAUCAAUUAUAUUUUGGUGAAGCAAUACAAUUGAACUAAAGAUAGCACUCCUUUCAACAGUCACAGUAUAACAAAAUGGCCGAGGCCAAUCAAGGAGUGAGUUCGCUACCUCUACCCCCCAUGCAGUUCAUCAGUUUGUAUACAGAUGAGAACAUGCAGAGAGGACGUGUUCCAAGACCACCACCCCCUAUCAAGGAUUCCUACAAUAUGUUUGGGAUAAAAUUUGACUCAGAUGACCAAAUAAUCCGUCCUCUUGAGAACCAAGGCCUUAGACGACUUUAUCCUCAAAGUUACGACCACAAACGGGAACUUAAAAAACUAAACUACUCAAUUUUGGUCAAUUUCCUUGAUCUUUUGGAUAUUCUUAUAAAAUCACCUGAUAAUCCUCAAAAACGAGGAGAAAAAAUCAUGGAUUUGGAACUACUUUUUAUUCACAUGCAUCACUUGAUAAACGAGUUCCGACCACAUCAAGCUCGUGAAACAUUACGUGUAAUGCUCGAGGUCCAAAAACGUCAGCGCAUAGAGACAGCUGAGAAAUUUCAAAAACAUUUAGAUAAAGUGUCGGAAAUUAUGAACACUAGUUUAAGUGUGAUUUCUGAAGCUGCGGGUCUAGACAGUAAAUUGAUGAUUAAGACUGAACCUAUGGAUGUCGAUGAUUCUGCAAAGCAGACAUUAACGGAGGCAGCUGAGACAGAAGCGAGAGAUAAAAUGAUGUGUGGUAUUGUAGAUGCAAUGGGUACAUAGAACAAAAUGACUCUCAUGUA